UCUCUUUCUACUGCAGCAGCUGCCUCAGUCCCAAAGCCUGGGACGGGGCCAGGGGGACUGCUGUGGGACCUUGAAGGGGAGGAGGAUUUUGUGCCACAGAUUGGAGCAGGCAGCGAUGCCAUGCAGCGACCUGCAGGAGCCAGGCGUGAGCCGAGGUGAUGCUGAAGAUGAUGACCUUCUUCCAAGGUCUUCCAGGCCAGCAGCCUAUGCCAGGGGCUCUUGACUUCCCCGGGGGCCCCCAGAAGUUGCCCUCCACAUCAGAGGCAGAGUCAGAAGCCUCUAUGUCAGAGGCCUCCUCCGAGGACCUGGUGCCACCCCUGGAGGCUGAGGUAGCCCCGGAUCGGGACGAGGACGAGGCUGUGAAGAAGAAGGAGAAGAAGAAGUCAAAAGGCCUGGCCAACGUGUUUAGUGUCUUCACCAAAGGGAGGAAGAAGAAGGGUCAGCCCAGCUCUGCAGACACAGAGGGCGAGUCCGAGCCCCAGGCGCGGCUGGCUGGCCGGCUGCCCACAGGUAGGCCGGGGCCCCAGGUCAGAGUUGCUAGGGGCUGGGCAGGACAGAGGUCCAUCGGAGUGGAUGCCCCACUCACCCAGCACGCACAGAGGGCAGGAAAGGUGGGCGUGCACCUGCACCCCCUGAUCUUGGGGGCUGGGAGUGGGCCCCGGGAGGUCAGUCCUGCCUGGGACACCCCUCUUCUCCUUGGGCGCCUCACUUCUACCUUUUGGGGGUCUCCGCCUCCUCUCCUGUGGGCCCGCGGGAGGUGA